UAAAGACGAGAGACAAUCUAACAGUGCCCAUCCUCUACUGUCGUACACCUCUAGAAAUAGUCCGUUCCUCCGUGAAUAAUCUAUUCAUCGAAACAGCCUUCGUCCUGCCUGUCAGAGAACCAUGCGAGGUUGUCGCUGACAGCAUUCUGUCUUUAUUUAUAUUUAUUUAAAAGCAAACCGCGAUUGCUAGGGUGUGAUAGGCUAUUCAUAGCUUAUGCAUCAUUGCUCUGAAGGCGAGUUGGUGUAGUCUGCGGAUCAGGUUGCUCCUGUUAGAAUUUUUCUUUUCUUUGCCAAGAAGCCAGCUAUCAGGAUUCAUCAUGCAAAAAAGGAGGAAGCCAGAACCAAUUCAGCUGAACCCAAUUCCAGAUGGGAACGCUGUAAACGGAACCGGGGCCACAGAAACAAAUCUGGAAGCUCUGCAGAAGAAGCUAGAGGAACUGGAACUGGAUGAGCAGCAGAAGAAACGCCUGGAAGCUUUCCUUACCCAAAAGCAGAAGGUUGGAGAGUUAAAAGAUGAUGACUUUGAGAAGAUUUGUGAGUUGGGUGCAGGCAAUGGAGGAGUGGUCUUCAAGGUCUUACACAGACCCUCAGGCUUCAUCAUGGCCAGGAAAUUGAUCCACCUCGAGAUCAAGCCAGCCAUAAGGAAUCAGAUCAUCAGAGAGUUGCAGGUGCUCCAUGAAUGCAACUCUCCCUACAUAGUGGGCUUCUACGGGGCUUUCUACAGUGAUGGAGAGAUCAGCAUAUGUAUGGAGAACAUGGAUGGCGGCUCCCUGGAUCAGUCCCUGAAGAAAGCAGGCAAGAUCCCAGAACAAAUCCUGGGCAAAGUUAGCAUUGCAGUAAUAAAAGGCCUGUCCUACCUGCGGGAGAAACACAAGAUCAUGCACAGAGAUGUUAAACCAUCCAACAUCCUGGUGAACUCGCGUGGUGAGAUCAAGCUGUGUGACUUUGGUGUGAGUGGACAACUCAUUGACUCCAUGGCCAAUUCGUUUGUGGGCACCAGGUCCUAUAUGUCUCCUGAACGCCUUCAAGGGACUCACUACUCUGUCCAGUCUGACAUAUGGAGCAUGGGUCUCUCUCUGGUGGAGAUGGCCAUUGGACGCUUCCCUAUCCCACCACCUGAUUCCAAGGAACUGGAGCAAAUCUUUGGUCAGCCCCUCGAGGGUGACCCCUCCGCCAGCGAGGCGUCCCCUAAACCCAGGCCCCCUGGUCGACCCGGCGGGUCAUACGGUCCAGACAGCAGACCUCCCAUGGCUAUAUUUGAGCUGCUUGACUAUAUUGUCAAUGAGCCACCUCCUAAGCUACCAAGCAUCUUUGGUGCAGAAUUUCAAGACUUUGUUAACAAAUGUUUAAUCAAAAAUCCAGCAGAAAGAGCAGACCUCAAGCAACUGAUGGUCCAUCCCUUCAUAAAGAACUCUGAGGCAGAGGAGGUUGACUUUGCUGGAUGGCUAUGCAGCACCAUUGGGCUAAACCAGCCAGCAACUCCAACUCACAGUGUGGGAAUGUGAGCAGCGCCAUCUUUUUCUAAACCAACCAUUUAGUGUUUCUUCACACACAACAUCUCCAGUUCCACCCUCAGGCCAACAGUAAACUGACAUCUCCUGAAUCCAUCCCCUCUUUUUUUUUUCUAUUGUCUUGAGUAUUAACAAGCAUACUGCUGUAAUAACAAUGCAUCAAACCUGAUAGGGUGCUUGAAAUCUGUUGUCAAAUACUGGUUGUUCAAUGCUUUAAUCAAUGAGUUUUUGUUUUACAAAAUCAAUGUAAUUCUAAUUGCAAAAGCUAUCAAAAGGCUGUUGCACUGCGCCAGAACAUAACUGCAAUGGAUCCCCCUCUAAAUGUGGACUUAUGAUAUACUUCUCAUCAGUGUUGUAGUACUCGAGGCUCGUCUCGGACUCGAGACCAUAUUUUAAUGGUCU